UGGCAGUGGUCGCAUGCGUGACCAGUUUCUAGUCGAUCCCCGAGCCAGUCCGACCGCUUUAUCGGUCUCCGACUCGAGUUCACUUUCGUUUUCCAUCGGGAAAAAGUCCGUGAGGAAACCGAAAGCAUGGCGUCUGCAGAAUCUGAAAGGAUAUCGCAGAUCGGCUUGGUCGCGAGGAGCCCCGAGGGUCACGCGGCCAAAGGAAUGGCCAUCAAAGGCCACGAAGACCUUUGGGUCGAAAUCCAAGCGCACACGUUCAAAAACUGGGUGAACGAACACCUGAGGAAUGUCGGCGUAGAAGUGCGCGAUCUCGCACACGAUUUCUGCGACGGAACGAGACUCUGUGCAUUAGUGGAAGUGUUGCAGAAGAAAAAAAUACGGACCAAUUGGAUAAAAAAACCUAUGAACCAACACCACUAUCUAGAGAACGUCACCGCCGCCCUUGCCGCCAUCAACGAAGACGGCGUCAAACUUGUCAACAUUGGAAAUGUUGACAUUGUUAACGGUAAUUUAAAACUGAUUCUUGGGCUAAUAUGGUCGUUAAUUGUUAGAUAUCAGAUAGGGAGAUCUAAAUUUCCACCUAAGAAACUCAUGCUGGCUUGGCUUAGGGCUGUAUUACCAGAAUGUGAAGUCAACAACUUUACAACCGACUGGAAUUCUGGCAUAUAUCUCAGUGCGUUGUUAGACUACUGUGAACCUGGCCUUUUACCAAAUUGGAGACGGUUGAAUAAAUAUGAGAGCACUGAGAAUUGCAGAAGGGCAAUGGAAAUUGCAAAAACGAGACUCGGAGUUCCACAAUUGCUGCAGCCCGAGUAUCUCGCUUCGCCACACCUUGACGAAUUGUCCGGAAUGACUUAUCUAUCUUAUUUUAUGAAAGAAGGAAGCCCUGGUUUCAUGUCAACCCUUAAGUGGAUCAAUAAUCAAAUACCAGAGAAAAAUGUCAGAAACUUUACUACUGACUGGAAUGAUGGAAGUGUUUUAUGUGCAUUAACAACCUCUCUUGGAGCCACUGCAAAGUAUCAUUACAGCAACGAUCCCCAUGUGUGGGAAUCAAAUUUAAACGCAGGUCUGGCUGCUGGAAGCAAGCUGGGAGUGGAGCCUAUUCUCCGCGCAAAAGACAUGGUUGAUCAAAAUGUUGAACAUUUAGGCGUUAUGGCUUAUGCAGCUAGUUUUCAAUGGAUUCCCCCGAGGCCACCAGCUACUACCCUUGUACAAGUUACCAGCUCUUCUCAUACAACUCGCAUUUACACACAGACUACAAUUCAAAUGGAGUUCCUGGAUGAAUUGGACAGUAAAUUAAUUACGGCUGGGGUAGUUGCACCUGAGGGGGAAAAAGUCGAUUCACGAAUUAGCGUUCACUCAUCAGGAGGGAAAAUUACUUUCACUCCAAUGCGAGUUGGAAUGCAUGAGAUAAAUGUUUAUUAUGAUGGUGAACUGGUCAAGGGUUCUCCCAUUCAUAUUCGAGCUAUGCCAGAAAUAACUAACAUUGUAUACACUGGAAUGGAACCUUGUGCUGUAGGGUCUAUUGUGGAAGUUGUGGUAAAUUCUAACUCUAAUGGGUCUGAAGCUGGACAAGUCGAAGUUAUUGCUGUUUCUCCCACUGGCCGGCUUCUCGAUUGCCCAGUUAGCCAAAAAGGCGGUGUGUUUUCUGCCACUUUUCAACCGGAUGAAGCGGGAGAAUGGAGCAUUCAAGUCAAACACUCGGGAAAUCCAAUUCAUGAUACACCUUACACCUGUUUCGUAUUUGACCCGAAUGGAAUAAAACUGAUUGGAAUAGACACUCCAGCCAUUCCAGAGAGCAUUCAUAACUUCACACUGGACGCAUCUGGCACUGGAGGGCUAGGUCAAAUUACAGUAGAUAUUGUUAGAGAUAAACAAUCUAUGCCCCAUACCAUUCAAAGGAUUUCUGAUUCCAUCUACAUAGUUUCCUUGCAUACUCACAAACCAGGAAAAUACAGGAUUUAUGUUUAUUUUAAUGGCAGUCAGGUCAGGGGAAGCCCAUUUCCUUUGCGAGUUGGCACAAAAGAACAGAUUAGAGCAGAGAGACACUAUUCAGUUAGAAAUAUGACUUCAGAUACAAAUGAAUCCUUGAGAUCGUUGCAUUCAUCAUUCGCUAGAGUUGGUUCACCGAUAAAACGUGAUUUUGCCUCUCCUAAUCGUUCACAAAGUCCAAGUCCGCUCAACAGCCCUGUUUAUAGAGCAAGUCCUCUAUCUGUUCCAACUGCUGGCCAGGUCAAUGGAUACUCAAGCUCCUCAUUAAGUCAAUCAUAUCAUCAUGUAACUCGAACUAUGUCUCCGAUUUCAAUCCCUGUUCAGCAUGAGGCCAAUUCACUUCUUAAAAUACACUCUCCGUUGCAUUCGCCAGGGAUGAGGAAAUCACCGAGCCCCCUUCACAGUUCUAUACACCAGCAAAACUCUUCUAUUCUUCACACUUCAAACUACUUAAAUUCGCUGGAAUCUUCGAGUAAUGUCCGAGUACUCUCUUCAGCUGGCAAAAGAAGGGAUUCAUGGGAAACUAAUGAUAUACAUUUUCCUGAAGGGUCUAAAGUGUUUGGCAAAGCGUUGCAGUUGCUUCCCCUCAACCGAACUUCCACUCUAGUGCUGGAUACAGAUGUUCCAUUAAAUCAAAUUACUGUUACCGUAACUCCUCCUUCAAAGUCCCCAGUGCCUGUUAAAAUGUCUCGUAGCAAUGGUCAGCACAUUAAUAUUUACUUCACUGCCGUCGAAAUUGGUGAACAUCUGAUUGACAUUAAAAUAAAAGACCAACGAGUGUCUGGAUCACCAUUUAGGAGUCAUGCUUACAAUACGCAAGCAAUAAAAGUUGGCCAGAUGCCGAAUGGGAUUGUUGGGCAGCCAGUAGAGUUUGAAAUUGAUGGAUCAACUGCUGGAAGUGGUAAUUUGGAAAUUCUUGUCAACGGAGGACAUGUAACAAGUUUUGUAAGGAAUUUGGGAAACCAACGGUUCUUAGCCUCAUUUGUACCACAUGAAAAUCUUAGCCAUCACGUUGAGAUGAAAUUCAAUGGUGAAUCUGUGCCAGGAAGUCCGUGGACAGUUCUAGUGAUGAGUGGGGGACCAGGGCCUAAAAUGGCAGCUCUCGGGGAGGCUGUGCGAUUGGUUCCAGUCGAUACCCUUACUUCUUUUAAGAUAUCAGCAGUGGGAUAUGGCGCUGAAGAUGUUAUCGCGAAUGUGAUAAGUCCAACAAAGAAAAUAUUACAGUCUUCUGUAAUUGGAGAGGGCAACGGUUUAUUUCGUCUUGAAUUUGUCCCCACUGAGGUUGGAAGCCAUGUUGUAGAAGUGAGCGUUGGCGGUGAAAAGUUGCCUGGCGGUCCUUUGGUCGCCAAAGUUUACAAUUCGUCAUUAAUUCGAGUGACUGACGUGGCCAGUGGUGUAGUUGGCCAACUGUGCCAAUUUAGAGUUGACGCCAGCCAAGCCGGGGAAGGCCAAUUGGAAAUAUCGAUAAAUGAAGGAGAAGUGCCAAAUCAUGUGACAGUUGUUGGUGGUGGACGUUGCCUAGUCAAUUUCACUCCUGAACAAAACAAGCCACACCUUAUCGACAUUAAAUUCAAUGGAGAGACUGUGCCAGGUUGUCCAUUUGUUUGCUCCGUUGCGGAUACAAGUAAAGUCAGUGUCAAUUUGUCUAGCCUUGAAUUGAUACCAAUAAAUCAACCGGCCAAAUUUCAUAUGAAUGUCGAUAGUUCAGGUUCUGCAGAGCUUGCAGUUUCUGUAACAGGUCCACAUCAUGAACUCCCUGUGCAAGUGACUGGAAAUGUUAUGUCAGGCUUUACUGGAGAAUUUACCCCUCGGACAGUCGGCCCACACCAAAUUUCAGUUCUGUACAAUGGCCAGCCUGUGCAGAGUACACCAUUCACAGCAAAGGCUUACGAUGCUUCUAAAGUUUAUGUUGGGACGAUUCCACACGGCCAUGUCGGGAAUCCAGUUCAGUUUACUGUUGAUGCAUCUCAAGCUGGUGAAGGAAAUUUAGAAAUAACGAUAAGUGCUAGGGGUGUAAAUAUUCCAACACAGGUUCAGCCUCAAGGCAGCGCUAGAUUUAUGGUUAGCUUUAUACCACUGGAACCAACCCAGCAUAUCAUAAGUAUCCAUUUCAAUCAAGAAUCCGUCCCAGGUUCGCCAUUUAUGGCAAUUGUGGCCGGUGAUUUUCCCGUAGUCAGUGGAAAUUCAUUAUCCACUGCUCAACUAGGAGUUGAUUCACACUUCACAAUGAGCAAUGUCUCCACAUCACUCGAUGACAUUGAAGUCACAGUUGAGGGACCGAGUGGACAGUCAGUUCCUGCUCAAGUUAAGGACACAGGAAACCAGACAGCGAGAGUGGAGUUUUGUCCUAAAGUUGUUGGAGAGCACAAAAUUGCAGUUUUCUAUAGGCAAGUACAAGUUGCCGGUUCUCCAUUUGCGUGUAAAGUUUACGAUGUGAAUGCCAUUAAGGUAAAACCGAUCGCAGAAGGAAUCGUCGGGCAAGCUGUGACAUUUUUAGUCGAGACAAGCCAAGCAGGCCCUGGUAACUUGGAAGUAACUGUUAAUGGUGGGCGAGUAGGGACAACUGCCCAUACUCAAGGACCCCACAUAUACGCAAUUUCAUUUACACCGAGACAAGCUAUUGUCCAUACUGUCGAUUUAAAAUUUAAUGGAAACAAUGUGCCAGGCAGCCCGUUUUCUUGUAAUAUCAGCGAUGUAGGAAAAGUUUUCCCUCCAUCAGAAGACAAAAUCAGUGUGGGAAAAAUAGCCAGCUUUAAAGUAGACUGUGGAAACCUGGGCCCACCCCAAGUUCAGAUUAUGUCAGCGAUGCGCAAUCCGCUUCCAGUCAACAUAAUUGAGCAAGGGAAACAAUACAUUGCUUCUUUUACACCCAAACAUGUUGGUGAUCAUAGUAUUGAAGUAAAACUGAACAACAGUCAUAUCGAAGGAAGCCCGUUUCUACUAAAAGCUUAUGAUGCUACAAAAGUCAAAGUUACUGAUAUCAAUCCUGGGCCAGUCGGCCGACCUGUGUACUUCAGUAUCAAUGCGAGUGAGGCCGGAGCUGGAAAUUUAGAAAUUAUAGUCGCAGUCAAUGGAUGCAAUGUGCCAAAUUAUGUACAGAGUGAAGGAAACGCCAAAUUCAGAGUUAAUUUUAAACCAAAAGAGGCUGCUCCACACAGCUUGAGUGUGAGAUUCAAUGGAGAACCGAUUCCUGGAUCCCCAUUUACUUGUGAUGUAUUCGAUCGAGGAGAGGUCCUUGUCAAUGGGCUAGGGGUAAAAAUGUGUUGUGCCGGUGCUCCGACUUCCCUGCAAGUUGCAACAAUUGAGCAGUGCGAUGUUCGUGUUACAUCUUCAACAGGACACAGACUUCCAGUGAAAAUCGAUAAAGACACAGAAAAAGGAAUUACAACAGCGAUGUAUACACCAAUUGAAGUUGGUAGACAUGUAGUAGCAGUUGAAAUAGAUGGCCAUCCUGUCAAAGGAAGUCCAUUUUACUGCAACGUUUAUAAUGUAAAUAACAUCAAAGUCACAGGACUUGGAUCAGCCAAGUUAGGAAAAGCUGUUACAUUUUCCGUAGAUGCAACAGAAGCUGGUGAAGGAACCUUGGAACUUGUUAUUUCGACUCAGAACACGACAGUAAAAGCUGAAGUCAACGCAAUGUCUAGGGGUCUUUAUGAUGUCACCUUUGUUCCGCAUUUGCUUCAGCCUCAUUUUGUUAAUAUAACAUUCAACGAUCAAGACGUACCAGGAAGUCCAUUGAGGUGUGAUGUAAUUGACGGUUCAUCAAGCAAGACGACAGCUACUGCGCGGGGAGAAGGCUUAAAUUCAGUAGUUUUAGGAACUGUUGGUUACUUUGAAGUCAAUCCACACACAAGUGAACUUACAACAAUUGAUGCAAUAGUCACAGGUCCAAAUAAUAAGCAGAUUCUGUGCAAUGUUGAAAAAUUGCCAUCUGGUUUGUAUAGAUGUCAUUAUCAGCCGUCUGAAAUUGGGACCCACUUAGUAUUUAUCACUCAAAAAUCGCAUCCGAUCACUAAGCAACCUUUCAGCGUUCAAGUUUUCAAUCCUGCAGCUGUACAGAUAUUGGAUAUUUCUGAAGCUGAGAUUGACCAACUAGCCACUUUUAAAAUUGACACUGAAGGAGCAGGUUCUGGAGCUUUAUCUGUCUCUGUACGAGCAGCGGGUAAUGAUGUAAAACAUACUCUACGUGAGCUUAAUGGGUCAAACUUGUACGAAGUGGCUUACACGCCAAAGUUGAAUAUUACGCAUAAAAUUCAUGUCAAGUAUAAUGGAGUUUACGCCUCAGGAUGCCCGAUUGAGGUUCCAAUCCAGGACAAAAGCGGGGUAAGGGCUGUGGGGUUAGGGCUUUACCAGUCUUCAGUGGGAAAACGGACAUCUUUCGUUAUCGAAACAUAUGGCGAUCCUUCUGAAAUGUUUGAUGUCAUCAUUACUGGACCCGGCUCAUCUGCCGUUCCGGUAAGAUGCUACCAGCAGAAAGACGGAAACCUCCUGGCGGAAUUUGUCCCCUCCAUCGUAGGUUUGUACAAGAUAGAAGUUAUGCAGAACUGUCGAGAAAUAAGAGGAUCUCCUUAUUAUUGCCAAGUUUUUGAUGCAACCAAAGUGAAAAUUGAUAAUAUAUCCAACAACACAAUUCCUGUUAAUGACAACAUAUCAUUCAAAUUGAAUCGGAAAGAAGCAGGGUUUGCUGAACUUGACGUCACUGUCAGAAGUCCUUUGGGCCAAGACCUUCCAUUGGUCAUCAAGAGCUUAAAUCAAGAAACUGAUUUAAUUGAGCUCACCCCUCCUUUGCCAGGAAAAUAUUCGUUUAAUAUCACCUAUGGUGGUCAAAAGAUUAAUGAUUACCCUGUGACUUUUAACGUCAUCGAGGGUGGAGUGGCAAGAGCGUGGGGCCCCGGCCUGUCAAAAGUAUUGGCUGGAUCUAUAGCGCAUUUCAACGUUAGCUGCGUCGGUGUGUGCCCACAGGACAGACCGGUAAUAAAUAUUGUCGGGCCUGGAAGCAACCACGUCAACGCUUCAAUUGUACCAAAGAAACAAGAUCAGUACGAUGUGAGUUAUACACCACCAAAAGUCGGAAUGUACGAUAUAUCAGUGACAUGCGGUGGAAAACAUAUAUCAGGUUCACCUUAUAGGGUUUAUGUGGUUUCAAUUGAUAACAUAAGAACUAUCGGUGACAAUUUACAAAAUAGAAUUCUAAUGACUGUUAAUGUACCUUAUAAAAUACUAUUCGACCUAUCAGAAGCCGGUUUAGGUGAAAUAACAGGUGAUUGUAGUGGCCCACAAGGCAGUACAGUACCAGUCAAUAUCCAACAGGACACUCCCGAAUCUGCACAAAUAACCGUAACACCUCGAUCUCCUGGACCUCAUACAAUAUCAUUGUUUUACGCUGGAUUUCCAAUGAAAUUUUCUCCAAUCAGUGCCUUAGCAGAGGCGGGUAAUGGCGGCGUUAGGCUAAUACUCACUGGCAAAGGGCUUGCAUCAGCAAUUUGUAAUCAAAUUGCAGAAUUCAAUAUAGACGGUUCUCAAGCUGGACCUGGUGUACCAGAAGUUUCUUUGAAAGGGAUGAAAAAUGAAAUAAAAGUCAAUCUCCUUCAUUUAGAUGACAACAUUUAUAAAGCAUCAUAUCUACCAACAGCCGCAGGCGCGUACUUAUUAAAUGUGAUGUGGUCUGGAAGGCAAGUCAAAGGAUGUCCGUUGAAAGUCACAGUCACCGCGAUGUGUGAUUCCAGCAAAGUGGUUUGCUCCGGUGAAGGCUUGGGCCUCGGAACUGUUGGCAAGCACAUCAGAAGUUUUAUUGAUACUCGCAUGGCUGGCCCUGGUGAGUUAAGUGCACACUGUGUCGGACCGCACAAAGUUGCUUAUUGUGAGCUGUACGAUCACGGAGAUGGUACGUUUACAUUGAACGUCAAACCUCAAGAAGCUGGAAGGCAUACAUUGACUGUUAAAUAUGGAGGAGUUGACGUGCCAGGGUCGCCUUUCAUCCUUAGAAUAUGCGGCGCUUCUGAUGCAAGCAAAGUGAGAGUAGUUGGACCUGGAAUUCAACAUGGUGUGCUUGCAACAUUCCAGAGUAGAUUUAUUUGUGACACUAGAGGAGCAGGUGCAGGACAGCUGUCCGUAAGAGUUCGAGGUCCCAAAGGUGCAUUCAGAGUGGAAAUGCAGAGAGGAAGCCAAAAAGAUAGAAUGAUUAUGUGCAAAUACGACCCGACUGAACCGGGUGACUACAGGGUUGAAGUGAAGUGGGCAGGUGAGCUUGUACCCGGGUCACCGUUUUCUGUAAUGAUUUUUGAUACGCAAGAAGAACUGAACAGAUUUUUACAAGGAAAUCAGUCUCCCACAUCAGAACUGUAUGGAAGUGUGGCUUAUUCUACAGGAUAUGCUCAUAUAACACCAUAAAAAUUCUAUUUAGUGUAGUGCUUUAUUUUAAUACUGUAAAUAUGUACAAAAUGAGGAAGAGAGAAAAACUAAUAUUUGUAUUGUGAAGUAAACAAUUUAUUAUUGACAUCUGAAAUAACUUGUGGAAAUUUUGAAACUCUAUGGUAAAAUGACAGUUUUUAAUAAUAAUAUGAAUGAUUUGAUUUAUUAAAAAAAAUAUUAAAACAAAAACUACAUAUAAUCAUGAGAGCAAUAUUAAACAAUAUUAAUGUUUACAAAUAAAAUUUUAACAAAAUGUA